GUGUUUGAGCGCAGAGCGUAGACUGUAGCUUGAGUACUGUGUACUGUGUACUGUGUACUAGGCGGGCGCACAGCUCCAGGACUGACAAACACACACGUUUGCCUGUGCAGACCGUGACCACGAUCACAACCGGACUUUCCUGCACGGCCCGGCUCGUCUCUGCAGAUCAGACCGCGCUGGGCGCCUCUGACACGGGCUAAAGCCGGAGCAGAGCCGCGGCCUCGGACACACGGCUAACCGCGGCUAGCGCAGGCCCGGAGCACUAGCUUUACGGAGCUUACUUUUCACCGGCCAAAGAAAAACAAGGAAUGAGUGAUGACCUCUGUGGUAGUGUCCGACAGCGGAGGGAACAUCGUGGAGUAUGUCACAGUGGUGGACGACUCCCAGCCAUGUGAGCAGGCGGCCGUAGAGGAGGAGGUGGAGGCUGUCCUGGUGACCGGCUCAGAGGGGGAGGUGGAGCAGACGGUAGUACUCCAGGAUGAUGGCUGUCCCGCGGUCAUUGUGGAGGAGGUGCCCAGUGCUCAGGUGGAAGAGUGCUACUCCGCCCAGGUGGUGGUGUACGGAGACGAGACCUACCUGAUGCAGGACGUGGCCGAGGAGCAGGAGGUGGUCACUGAGGUGGCAGAUACUGUGGAGAUGUCUGCUCAUGACAUGGUGUGUUUCGAUAAGACGUUCGAAGCAGCUGAAGCUCUGCUGCACAUGGAGUCUCCAGGAGGUCUGCACAGUGAGCGGGGAUCAGAUGAUGUGAUGAUGGAGACUGUGGUGGAGGUGUCCACAGAGUGUGCUCCCAUGGAGGAGGAGGACGCAUUUCCUAUGGCUCCUGACUGUGAGCCCUCAGCCAAGAAGAAGAAAGGAGGACGGAAGCCCAAAACUCACCAGCCAGCCUCCAACGGCUCCUUUGACCUGGGCAUCAAGAAGAGACCCAAAGAGGGCAAAGGAAACACCACAUACCUGUGGGAGUUCCUCCUGGAGCUGCUGCAGGACAAGAACACGUGUCCACGCUACAUCAAGUGGAUGCAGCGUGACAAGGGCAUCUUCAAACUGGUGGACUCCAAAGCAGUGUCCAGACUGUGGGGCAAGCACAAGAACAAGCCCGACAUGAACUAUGAGACCAUGGGCCGGGCGCUCAGGUAUUACUACCAGCGCGGGAUCCUGGCUAAAGUGGAGGGCCAGCGCCUGGCUUACCAGUUCAAGGAGAUGCCCAAGAACAUCCGAGUGAUAGAUGAAGAGGAGAUCACGGAGUCAGAAGAUGCAGAAGCAGCUCAGCACUUGGCUCUCCAGCAGGGAAGUGGCACCCUGACCUCCAGCCCGCAGCCUCAGCAGACCUAUGUUACUGUGAUCCCUGCCAACGCGGCUGCCAGGCCCAUCAGAGCCAUGCCUGUGGUCAUGAGCUCCUUAGGUCAGGUGACCCUAAACUCCUCGCCCCUCCUCACCACCACCACGGGGGUCCCUGUCUCUGUGUCCAGCGCUAACACCAGUCCCAAACUGGUCAUCCAGACUCUACCCACGAUGCUGCCCGGAGCCUCCAAAGCCGGGGACAAGAUCACCAUCAUCACCAUCCCGGCCAACCAGCUGACCACGCUGAUGCAGGCCAACUCCUCCACCUCCCUCGCGCAGCUGGUCCAGGCCAAAACAGCCACAGUGCAGAUGGCCCCCGGGCGGCCCCCCCCUCAGCUCAUCCUGGCCAAACCGGCCGCAGUGACCCAGGCACUGCCCCAGCCCCUAACCCAGCUCUCCGUGCAGGUGUCCCCUGCCCCGUCCACACAAACGGCAUCUGCAGAGGGCCCUCCGGAGGCCCCCACGUCCUGAGUCCUGCACCUCCCAUGGGACUGUUCUCACAGCCGCUCUGUAAAUACACCUUUUGUAAUCAGUUGAAUAUAAGGCCUGAUGAGACGCUGUACAAAGCCUUUUGAUACGCUGCCACAUGUAUCUGCCCUAGUUUAGUCCAUUUCCUGUUCCCCACACUGUCCACAGGCCACCUUUUUUACUCGUUCAAAAGGGACUAAGAACUGUGUGCUCCACGCUCAAAAUACCUAUACUAUUUUCUGUACUCUGUGUAAUGAAGUAGAUUUUACUUAACUGUAUUAUAAAAUACACGUGAACACAG